GUGGUAUUUUUCAAUUUAGAAAUUGUGGUCACUCUGUCAGCCUUUUGCAAAGUAGUAAACAAUCAAGAACAGUGAUAACAGGCGCUGCAAGUGGAGGGAGAGAGUUUGGGAGAGUGAGAGCUAAAACAAGCGACGUAACAAGCUCGCAAUUUUAACUGCCUAUUACACCUGCUAAUUUCAAUGUCAAUCACAAUCAAAAUUCUCAGUCGCACUGUCAGCAGUCUCCUCUCCAACAACACAAAGCAACAACUGCGUCAAAUGGCAAGUUCAAUAUGCAAUGAAGAGGCAAACAAAGCCGCAAUAGUCGCCGUUGGGCAAAUCUGUGCAACCAGCGACAAAGCGAACAAUUUACGACAGGUGGAGGAGUUGGUGGGCCAGGCCAAGGCGCAGCAAGCUAAACUGUUGUUCCUGCCCGAGUGCUGUGAUUUUGUGGGUGAAAAUCGCGCACAGACUUUAGAGCUAGCCGAGCCGCUAAAUGGCGAACUAAUGCGCAAAUACCGGGAACUGGCUAAGACUCAAAAGAUAUGGCUAUCGCUAGGCGGUAUUCAUGAACUCAAGACAAGCGCUGAAGGCGAAACCGGCAAGAUCUACAAUGCUCAUGUGCUGCUCAAUGAUCAAGGCGAAGUCGCAGGCAUUUAUCGCAAGCUGCAUCUGUUUGAUGCCACGACCAAGGAGAUACGACUGCGGGAAUCUGAUACGGUGGCGCCCGGCGAGCGUCUGGAGCGUCCUGUAGACACCCCUAUUGGUCAAGUAGGUCUGCAAAUCUGCUAUGAUCUGCGCUUUGCUGAGCCGGCGCUGCUGCUGCGCAAAAUGGGCGCCCAACUGUUGACCUAUCCGGCUGCCUUCACCUUCGCCACUGGAAAGGCACACUGGGAGAUUCUGUUGCGUGCACGCGCUAUUGAAACCCAAUGCUUUGUAGUGGCCGCCGCACAGCAGGGCUGGCAUAAUAAGAAGCGCCAGAGCUGGGGUCAUGGCAUGAUCAUCAGUCCUUGGGGCAAAGUUCUAGCCGAUUGUGGCGGUGAACAAAAGUUGGGCAUAGCCGUAGCUAAAUUGGACUUAAGCGAGCUUGAGCGUAUCUAUCAGAGCAUGCCCUGCUUUGAGCAUCGACGCAACGAUAUAUACAGUCUUACAGGUUACAAUCUGAACUGCAGCACUACUGAUGCUGGCCAGGACCGUGCUUUCGCCGACAACAUAGUAGACAAGCGUUCCAUAUUUUAUGAAUCCGAGCAUUGCUAUGCCUUCACUAAUCUGCGUUGCGUAGUCAAAGGGCAUGUACUCGUCUCCACCAAGCGCGUAGUGCCGCGUCUUAAUGGACUCUCCUGCGCCGAGCUUACAGAUCUGUUCGCUACUGUUUGCCUGGUACAGCGCAUGCUGGAGAGCUACUACGGAACCACCUCGGCGACUGUCACUGUGCAGGAUGGCACACAAGCAGGUCAAACUGUUCCCCAUGUGCACUUCCAUGUAAUGCCACGACGUGUGGGCGAUUUUGCGCACAAUGAUCAGAUCUAUGUGAAGAUGGAUGAGUGCGCCGAGACAACGCCACCACGCACUUUGGAGGACCGCAUCGAUGAGGCUCAACAAUAUCGUAAAUAUCUGCAGUGCCAAGCCAGCUAAUAUUUAUAUAUCCUCACUAAAACUAUUAUGUAUCUGUUUUUAUCAAUAAACUCUGCUCACCUCCA